ACCGCUAAUUUGUCUGCUGUCUAUUGCAUAUGUGGAAUAAGCACUUUUAAAAAAGGCUCUAUGAUUCGCUGCAACUUAUGCAUGAGGUACUCCCACUGCCACUGCGUUGCGCUGUCUGAUGGUUAUCGUGGAACUUUUAAGUGUCAUGCGUGUGUUGAUAGUGUUGCAAAGGAAAAUGAUGAAGACAAUGAAACGUUGUUUUCGGUGGUGGAAGAAAUAUAUGUAACUUUAUACGAAAUUAUUUGUGAUUAUUUGGUUGCUGGCCAGAAAGAGGCUGCAUUUUUAACUUUUCAGGCUCAAUAUAUUUCUGAGCUUUUAAAAGUUCCAGAAGCCCACAAAACGACGACUGCAAAAUCCUUGAAAAAGUUAUAUGAAUUUAUAGAGAAAAGUAAAAGCCCCGGCAUUUAUUCCAGUAUAGACCAAUAUGAAAUAAGAACAGUAUGUCGAGCGCUUAGCGCCUUCCGGACACCGAACUCGUAUCGUGGCAUGCUCGAAUUGGUCUUACGCUUAGUGCUGAAAAGUUUAACGGAUCCCUCCAGUGUAGUAAGGACUAAAGCUGUUCGUGUGCUAGCAGUUUUAGUCGAGGCCAAUCCUCCUCUUCUUUUUCAGGAAAAUAUAAGGAGCGUUUUGCAGGCGCGUUUUCGAGACAAAACUAUUAGCGUACGGGAAGCGGCUAUUUCUCUUGUCGGGCCGUUUUUACUUUCCUAUCCAGACCAAACCGAGCUUUACUUUCCCCCCAUUCUUGACCGUCUUCAAGACUCUGGUGUUAGCGUUAGAAACAAAGUCAUAAAGAUAUUUCGAGAUCUCUACAUCGCGCAGCCUGAUAGCGCUUUAGCAGAAGUGAUUUGCGUAAAUCUUUUAAAAAUUCUACCCAUUUCCGAGGACGCAGUUGUUAAGACUUUGCUGGAACUUUGGUUUUCCUUUUCUUCUUUGGAGAGCGAAUCACAUAAAAUGAACUACGCUAGAAAUACGGCUAAAAUAAUUGUAAAGACACUUUCAACUGUAAAAGAGGAGAAAAGUUUUACUCUAUUAUUAAAUAAAGUUUUUGAACAAGAAGCGCGUCUAAAAACUCAGCACAUUAGAAAUGUUGCUGAGCUUAUUGUGAAGGCAAUAAUGGAAAUGCUGCUUGAGAACACCAAUAGCCUUUCGAUUACUCAAACUGAUUGCAUGGCAGCUCUUUUUUACUUCUGCAAGUCUCAAGCGCAGUUGUUGUGUCCUUUUGCUGAACUGCUUCGGCCCUAUCUUUGCUGCCAGGCAAGAAAAAAAAUAAAUUAA